UAUUUCGUAAAAAAUUCUUCACCCGAUUCUCAAGUGAAUAAUGUCACCGGCAGUCCAUUGAUUGCGAAUACCUCCCUUGAAGCAGGUGAUCGCGGGUGGCUGUCGCAUCUCGCUAAGACGCGUGUGGGGAUGGGCGAUCGAGAGAGGAUAUUAUGCAUGGUAAAUCUAAUCUAUAAUGAAUUGCGGAUAUUUUCAGUAUUAAAAGAUUCAGAUGAACAAGAAGCGCAGGAUUAUCCUUAUCAAAAUGAAGGUGAUUGUGAGAUUGAAAGUGCUAGGUCAUCAGCAGAUACGGUCCUGGACACCACCCUAGAGGACAAGCAAGGUAACUUUAGUAUUGGCUAGCGCCCGCCCGAGUCUGUUCUUUCUCAUGCAAAAGCUAAACAUAUGAGUUUCAGUACGCAGGUCUGGUUGCUAAGUGGAGACAACUCAAAUACCAGCAUUUCUCAAAUUUAUGUAAAAACACUAGGCCGACAAAUUCAGCGACACUUUUCCAAUUCGAUGAAAUGUCUUCGCUUUGGCAUCAAGAUUUUCAGUAUUUUCUCGUCCAUGAUAGAUAGCAUGUUUUUAUGGUAGAUAGCUGAGUGGUGACUUUUUAAUAACAAUGUUCAGCUUAAAUACCACUUUUUCUAGAGUUGUGAGGUUUUUCUCUCAGUUACUAAACAUUCCGACUAAUUAAAUACCCAUUGCUGCUUGUCGAUGGUUUAUUUUUGGUCAAUAACAUACAGUACGGUACCUCGGCUGAAGUUUUUUCUGUGUUUGCCUGCCAUACUUCAGGGGCACCCAACGGGAAAUUUUGAGAAAAAGACCUAGAAACAACAACAAAGCGUGAAUAAAGUUUUCUGAGACUAUUUUAAGCAUUUUGGGAGAUUGCUGGAAAAAAAUUAUCUGUUCCUCACUCCCAGCAAGACUGAUGGAAGAGUUCCCAGACAGCAAACUUACAACCUGCAACCUGACUUACUGGGAAGUUUCAUAGCGUACAAUUCAGAUCUUGAGUGGUAAGUAACCCAUACAAGUAACCCGUAGCAGCUAUUCUAGACUUCAAAUCCCCUCUGACACCCUGAAUUAUAUUUUUCCCAGCAACACUUUCCUUCCAGGGACUAUUAUUUCUUCCACAUCUCCCAGCCAGCAAAAAUGUGCCUGAAGAACAGAUAUUUUGAGGAACAGAUCCAUUGGGUGCCCCUGAUACUUGCAGCCGGAGAAGAGCAAACGCAGUUGCCCGCGCCCUGUUCCCUCUCUCCAGCUAAAGACACGCAAGCUACUUUAUUGUCUCCGUUUCAGCCAAGGUAAAGAACGGUAAAAAACAACUACUGGUGCAAGAUUCCCGCCGAGCGACUGGUGAUCCUGGCACGGAGGACGAAAGCAAAAGCGAAAGGGAAAUAAAAACCGCAUCGACGUCGAUAAAGCCUUCAACUAGCCAAACUUUAUUAGAGGAAAAGUCAGGUUUGUGAAAAUACAUAAGCCGAAUCGUUAAGAAGGCGAAAAAUAUUUUUAAUAUUCUUAACUUUGAUUUGCUUGGUCUGUUCACUGAUAACCCCUUUUUCUCACGCAGCUGAAGUGGACUCCGAAAGCCAUCUUGCCUCAUCACCACUCAGUCAAUCUGUUACGAGCAAGACAUCCCACAAAAAAACUUCUUCACAAGUCAGCUUUUUCUCACGAACGACGAAAGGUAAAUUUCAAAGGUUUUUUUGUUGAGUCCAUAAAACUGAAGAUGAUGAGUUACAUAGCUCCUAAACAAUUUAUCCUCUCUUGCUCUUAGAGGACGAGCUCCCCUAAAAAUGCCUGCUUGGGAGGCUAUAACCUGCGUAGCAGGCGCUUGGAAGUAGUGAGCGCAAGAAAAAACGGGCGCACGAGAAGGAGACACGCAACCCCUCGCGUGUCUCCCUCGCGCGCGCCCGUUCUCUCUUGCGCCCACCACUUCUACGCAGGCUAUUACACGGAGACAAGCAACAAGAUACUACAGCCUCGGGAACCUCAGGUUUUCUAGUUCCCGUGAUUGGAUGUAUUUCACGGCAUGUAAUGAAUGUUUAUAUGUUAUUUUUGCAACAUAAAUGUAGAAGUUUUAAAACAUUUAGGUCCAAAGUUAUAUGUUUCCAAAUAUUUCUUGAAUACUAAGUCCUCGAGAUAUUCCUUGAAAUAUUUGAGUUCAUUUACAAUACUAAGGAAGUUAAUUCCUUGACGUGAAUAAUUGGAAUAAUUAUUUUAUCAGCUGAUACAAAUUAAUAAUAGCCUAGAACGAAAACAGCUUCUUUUCAAUUUCUAACCAAAGUUUGGCUUUCAGUUAUCAAAACGGAGAACACAAAGAUUACUUUUGCAUUGUUUGGUGAUUGUGUUUUGUUAUCUUGUCAUUAAUAAUGUAUUCACUUCGGCCUGUUGGAUAUUUAAAGAUUAAAUAAAUCCUGCGGACUCUGGCAGUUAUGCAGUAACUUAUGCUAUGUUUCAAAAGCAGCAACCUCUCCACUUAAAGUUUUUCCCGAAAGAGAAAAAUAAGAUUAUAUAAACCCACUAAGUUAAAACAAAAUUGGAGAUCAGACGACAUUUUGGCGGAGGUAAGGCAGUUUUAAAUUAAAAAUAAAAUAGCCUUGAAUUUUUAGCAAAUCCCUUUAUGUUACUUGAAUAAGCAAAAAAUCUACCAGGUUUUUUCGCGAUCCAAAGAUAUUAAUUUAAUAACAAAGAGGAUAAUGGCGGUAGACCGGUUCGGUUGGGUAAAAAACCUUUGGGGAUAAUAAUGUUAAACCAAAAGGCAAUUUACUAGGCUCUUAGCAACGGAACUUUGAUAUUUUGAUAACAUUCUUGGCAGUAAUGUUAUGACUUUUAUCAGUGCUCAGUUUACUACACUGACAUGUGGUAUUUUUAAUAAGUAUUACUGGGGCAAACUACUGCUACAGCAUUAAAAUGAUUCCGUAUUUUUGUUAAAAGCCUACAAAGUAAAUUUCUCUCCCUAAUCAGAUUGUUUGUGGUUUGAUUUCUCAGCUCAUUAAUGUUUCAUAAUUUUAAUUCUACCCUGAAUGAUUUGGUCUCGACGUAAGAUGUUACAAACAUUUAAUUCCUUCACCGCAAAUGACCAUUUUGUAGAUUGUUUUGUGUCCUAUCCCAGAAAGAUGAGUCGACUGACCCAGGUGAUUCAUGAGCACAUGCCAAAAUGGUGGACAAAGUGAUUUUCAAGUUCAGUCUUACCUUGAUUGUUCUUAACUAAAUUUAAAACAUUUUUCCUACACCGAUAUUCGGCCAGUGAAGUUGACUUCAUUAUUUUCUAGUCAUAUCCUGUUCGCAUUUUUGUUUAAUUUUUGCCGCUUAUGAGCAGAAAAGGGUGCAAAUUGGUAGCGAAAGAGAAUCUAUUGAACAAGGAUUUAUUGCGAUUUGCCUCCCAUUGUUUUAGGUGAAAAGAAAGUAAAGUGUAAGGACUUCUAUUUACUACCUCGGAGGUGGAAUAAGAAACAGCAACCAGCAAUGGAUCGCCUUUUAUACGAGAUUGCUUUACGCACCCAGCACAAAGCUACAGCCAUGGACAUUGAAGCCAGGAAGUUGGGUAACACUGUUGACAGAUUAAGGGACGAAAACAGAGCGCUGAAAAGACUUCAGAGAUCACAAAAGAGGGAGAUAAAUGAAAGACACGACUUUGUAGAUAUGGCAAAUCUAUCACUGAAAGGAUUUCGCAAAGAUGUGAGAUUUAGCGAAGAAAACUGUGUUGAUGCCCAUACCAUGUACAGGUGAGACUACCUUACGAAACCAUGACGUCAUUUGGGUGGACGCUUUUUUUUAAAAAAAGUGUCCUAAUGUUUACAGUACAGACAGGCCAAUAUACGUGAUAUAGAUAGAAUUCGAAUUAACCUUUCUUCAGAAGUAGUUCUUUUCAUCACUGGAAACGAAAAUUUUAAUUUCUGUUUUGAAACGCAAACACAUAGCUAAAUUCUAAUCGGCAGUACAGUAUUCCAUCCAGCUCCAGUUUAACUGUAUUUGUGUUACCGUAUUUUCUGUAAUAAUAUAUAGAUUUAGCCAGAGCUAAAAGCUAAGCUCCAGGAGACUUGCUUCCAUAGCUCAAAAGGAGGUGGCGGUGCCCAGCGGUUUUAGUGAAACCAAGGUUUAGGUGGGGGUGCUCAGUCUCACGGGCUCACAAACCUCCUUUUGAGCUGUGGAAUCUAGUCAUUUCCUGCAAAGACAAGCAAAUUUUCUUACCUAUGGUGCUCCACCGCGCGCGCGUCGCGCGUGCGAGAGCUCCACAAAUAGCCGUCCCUCGAUUAAUUAUUUUCAUCGAAUAAUCGCCCCUCUUUCAUGGAAAUAUUUAAAACAUUCGCCUCCCCCAGCCACCUCGCCCACCUUUUCUCCGUUUUAUCCUCUCCCUGUUUACACAAACUUUUUCAUUUAAUCGUUUAUAUCGACAUUAAAAAGCCCAUGCUCAGUUUACUUGAUGUGAUUUAUUGAAAUAAUGGCCUCCUUUUGGUGCGAAAAAAAGAAUAAAAAUCGCCCCUGCCAGUAUUAUUCGAGAAAAUACGUUAUUUUCGCGUCAGCAAACUAUUUUUUUUUUCACAGAGUUACUCUGUUUUCACAGAUUUCGGUUCAGUCUAAUUCAUGUUUUUUUAAGCGUAAUUUUGCUCUAGAAUUUUUUUAACAAAGCGUUCGAAAUUCUUGUCCGAAAUUUGAUCGAAAUGAGAGAUGAAGUGUCCUUAAUUUUUGCAAGGUUUGGCUUCAAAAGAGCGCUACUUUUACUGAAAUUAGUUUAUCUAUAGAAGCUAUUGUCCAGUUAAUUAAGUUCUUCUUUAAUUAUAUAAAAUGACUCGCAGUUCUUUCUUUGGCAAAAGGGUAAUGAAUUGUUGACGCAACACCUUUUCUUCUCUCAGAAAAAAAAACAAGAAACUCAUGCAGCUUGAAAAGGAAGGUGAAAGACUCGCUAAAUUAGUAGAAACUGGCUCCACUCUUCCAAGCCUCGAAGAACUGGAGGGGAGGAUAGAAAAAGCUACAAGAGAACUGGAUAAGAAAGAUGAUAAAAUAGUGGUAAGUCUUGACCUUCACAUGACAAUUGAAUAAAGCGUCAUCAGUCUGCUGAGCGGGAGGUCGCGGGUUUAAACUCCGGCUGGACCAGCCAGAGGAGGAGGGAGGAGGUUGGGAAGGAGGUUGUUUAUUGUGACGUCUACAAAGAAUGAAAAUACGUGAUUCAUUGUUAGUAAUGUAACUAAAUUUUUCUAGAUUAUUAUUAGUGCUGUUUGUUCUAUAUUUUGAUUGUCAUAUGCAUGCUUUUGCAAUACUGUAAAAUGAUGCGGUCAUGCAAAUAAAGCAAUUUAUUACUAUUACAAAUGAUUAGACAUUCUAGUAUUCUCAGAUAAGGACGAAAAACGUAGGCCCCGUCUCACAGCUCUUUCACUGUUCUGAUUCUUAUGGCAUGUAAGAGAACCCACACUGCUGUUCGUAAAAAGUAGGGGCGCAGACCCCGGUGAUGUGGUACAACCUUUCAUGGACUGGGUGGGUAAUAAAAGGGUUGAUAUCAAUUGGGAAAUAAGUCCUCUUUCAUCCCCUGUCACCGUGUUGAGUCACCAUGGCGAAUUCAAUAAAGACACCCAUCUUAUUGACUGAACACAAUAUUACACAAACUUUUACAGUUGUACUGACAAGCGGUAAUGAUUCCUGCCGUCGCUCGUACGGUUAGUCCGAGUUAACUAUUUGAGUAGGAACCAUGUGUUAGGCUACUAAGGCAUAAUGCGUUAAAACGUCAGUUAGAACUUUCCAAAUAGUGUGUGUUACCUUGAACAUUUUUUGUUAUUUCGAUUUUCUAAGCGAAAUCUUACUGAAUAAUCCGACACCUUUCUCCAAUAAUAAAUCAUGAUCAGUCCAGUGUGCUUAGCUAUAGUGCGCAGGGGUUCUAAAAGUUAGUUGUUUUUUAACUCGUCUCAAAUUGCAUAAGUUUCUGAAAUGAGUACGUCAGCCUUGUUAAAGUCAUUUUAAGAAUUUUUUUUCCUCACAGGAACUACAAAUGAAACUCGAGGAGCAAGACAAAAGGAUCAGCCAGGAACAACAAAAAGAGAAAAGACGCAUUGCCAAACUACAGCAGGAAAUAGGAAAAACUGACAAAGAAUGUCAAGAGUUAACUAAUAGAAUAAAGGUGUAUAAUAUAUGCCACCACCACUUCCCUUUAUAGUCUGCGUAAAAGCCUCAGAGCUUGCAUGAUUUAAGCUAGGGUAAGACGGCCUGGCGUUUGAACCGGUCCGAAGAAGCCGACAAAAUGCAAUUAUCAAAGGACGUCAGGCAGCACUUAACGAACAAGCUACUGCUGUGAAACGCUACAUUGCUACGGCAUUGCUGCGGAACGUGCUGAAAAGCGAUGUUACGCGUUUUACUACCCACGUUCAAACAUGUCUUGCAGCAAAUAAAGGUUGCUGCAAGUUGCGUGAAUACAGACUUCUGAUUGCAUAAAAUUACGUCACUUGCUGCAAAACAAAUUGUCUUGGCAUGGUCCGCAACAUUUACAGAUUUUGUUGCAAAACUGUAGAACUACUCUCUACUCUCUGCAACAACUUUUCGCAUCCAGCAACCUAAUUUGUUGCGAGACAGGUUUGAACGUGGGUGGUAAAACAUUCACUUUUCAACUCGUUUAUCGACAGUGUUGCGAAACAAGAUCGAUGUCAGUUUGUUGCCCGUUUUACCGCCGCACCUAUAGACCGUGCCGGGUGAAUAACGUACUUCUUUUGAAUCUGCUGUGCAGGCUAUUCACCAUUUGCGCAUCUCCAUUAAUAUUUCAAAAUUUGUUUUUAAUUUCUCCUGGGUAUUACAGUCGUCCCAAAAGCAAUUGGAGACAACGCUUAUGCUUAUCCAAAAUAUUAGGGGUGAAGAAGGUGUAUUGUGUGAGAUGUACGAACAGGGAAUGUCCUGGAUUGGUGGUUUAUUGUCAUUGUUAGCUAUAUUGAUCAGAAUUAUCAAGGCAUAUAGAUCAGUCAUUCUUUCUUCGUUAUAUCUAUUUUCCUUAGGCGGCUGAAAGAAGAAUUAACAAGACAAAUAUAUACAGUCGAAAGCUUGGUACCUCUACCCAGGUCCUCCCGGCCAUUACCUGGUAUCCUCCCACAGAAAAACAAUCCGCCAACACUAAAGUUCAGAAAUGGCUCAAUAAACACACGUCAUAA